AUGGGUAACUAUGUGUCUUGCACAUUAUUAGUACAAGGAGGCAACAAACAAUCAAGAUCAACUAAGGUCAUUUUCCCAAAUGGCGAAAUUCGAAACGUACAUCAACAAGUUAAAGCAGCUGAGGUCAUGCUGGAAAUACCUAAUUUUUUCAUCGUUAACUCGAGGUCUUUACAUAUUGGUAAGAGAUUUUCUGCGUUAAAUGCUGACGAGGAUCUUGAAAUUGCCAAUGUGUAUGUUAUGUUCCCAAUGAAAAGAUUGAAUUCAUUUGUUUCAGCAGCAGAUUUAGGUGCAUUAUUCCUAACUGCUAACUCUGUUUCUAAAAAAGUGUCUUUUGGAAGAGUCAAAAUCUUGCCAGAAUAUACAGAGGAACCAAAAUUUGAUGACAAAAUUGAUUUGCCAAAGUUGAAAUUGGAUGAUAUUGAAGAGUUUUCUACACCAGAAUUCAAGAAAAUGUUGUCAAUGUGUAGAUCAAAGAAGCCAUUUCUUGAAACUAUAGUUGAAGAACCUUCAAGAUGA